GACAAAAAAAACGACUGCUAAAACGAAUAAAAUCAACUUCUUCGGCCACAAAGGCCAAACUCCGCAAACGACCUCACAGCCAGACGCCCAAGAUGGCGACGGGGAUUCGGAUACGAGCCUCCCCAUGGCGGACAACACACAGACCGACCAAAUCACGAAAAGCUUCUUGGAGUAUGCACUGA